UCCCCGGGCCCGGAACGCGUCGCUCGCGGGUGGCGGGGAACAAUAGUAGUAAAGGUGAUGAAGCGUUUUGAGUCCACGGCGCGGCCUCGUGGGGACAGCGUUUCCGAACCCGGACACCUGUCGGGGCUCCUGCGCGGGCUUUGGGCCCUGCCCUGGGCGAGUCCGCUGUCCGAGGCUCAGUUUGGUGGUCGGUCCAGCGGGGAGAAUGGGCGCGCUUGACCGGCCGGACCCCACCGCCCUUCCCAGGUUCUCUAAUGAUCUUGCUUCACCAUGGCUACAAAUAUGGAGGGGCUGGUUCAGCACAGAGUGGGGACCCAGCAGGUGGCUGAGGUACCGCGUACACAGACCCAUCGGCCGGAAUCUCCAGGGAUGACCAGCCCCUCCCCGCGCAUCCAGAUCAUCUCCACCGACUCCGCGGUAGCCUCGCCUCAGCGCAUUCAGAUCGUGACAGACCAGCAGACAGGACAGAAGAUCCAGAUAGUCACCGCAGUGGACGCCUCGGGAUCCUCCAAGCAGCAGUUCAUCCUGACCAGCCCAGAUGGAGCUGGGGCCGGGAAGGUGAUCCUGGCUUCCCCCGAGACGUCCAGCGCCAAGCAGCUCAUCUUCACCACCUCCGACAACCUCGUCCCCGGCAGGAUCCAGAUCGUCACGGAUUCUGCUUCUGUGGAGCGCUUGCUGGGGAAGGCGGACGUCCAGCGGCCCCAGGUGGUGGAGUACUGUGUGGUCUGUGGCGACAAAGCCUCUGGCCGUCACUAUGGGGCCGUCAGCUGCGAGGGCUGCAAAGGUUUCUUCAAGAGGAGCGUGAGGAAGAGCCUGACCUACAGCUGCCGCAGCAGCCAGGACUGCGUCAUCAACAAGCACCACCGCAACCGCUGCCAGUUCUGCCGCCUCAAGAAGUGCCUGGAGAUGGGCAUGAAGAUGGAAUCUGUGCAGAGUGAGCGGAAGCCCUUCGACGUGCAGCGGGAGAAACCAAGCAAUUGUGCUGCUUCCACGGAGAAAAUCUAUAUCCGGAAAGACCUGCGAAGUCCUCUGAUAGCCACUCCCACGUUUGUGGCAGAUAAAGAUGGAGCCAGACAGACGGGUCUUCUGGAUCCAGGGAUGCUCGUCAACAUCCAGCAGCCGCUGAUACGCGAGGACGGCACGGUGCUCCUGGCCACGGAUUCCAAGGCCGAGACGAGCCAGGGAGCUCUGGGCACCCUUGCAAACGUAGUGACCUCCCUUGCCAACCUGAGCGAGUCCCUGAACAAUGGCGACACUUCAGAGAUCCAGCCGGAGGACCAGUCUGCCAGCGAGAUCACUCGGGCGUUUGACACCUUAGCUAAAGCACUUAACACGGCGGACAGCGCCUCGCCCCCCGGCCUGGCGGACGGCGUGGACACCAGCGGAGGGGGCAGCAUCCACGUCAUCAGCAGAGACCAGUCGACGCCCAUCAUCGAGGUCGAGGGCCCCCUCCUUUCAGACACACACGUCACCUUUAAGCUGACCAUGCCCAGCCCGAUGCCCGAGUACCUCAACGUGCACUACAUCUGCGAGUCCGCCUCCCGCCUGCUCUUCCUCUCCAUGCACUGGGCCCGCUCCAUCCCCGCCUUCCAGGCCCUCGGGCAGGACUGCAACACGAGCCUGGUGCGGGCCUGCUGGAACGAGCUCUUCACCCUGGGCCUGGCCCAGUGCGCCCAGGUCAUGAGCCUCUCCACCAUCCUGGCCGCCAUCGUCAACCACCUGCAGAACAGCAUCCAGGAAGACAAGCUGUCGGGCGAGCGCAUCAAGCAGGUCAUGGAGCACAUCUGGAAGCUGCAGGAGUUCUGCAACGGCAUGGCGCGGCUCGAGGUGGACGGCUAUGAAUCACCCGGGGCUGACGGGCACGAGCCAGAUCGAGAAGUUCCAGGAGAAGGCGCAGAUGGAGCUGCAGGACUACGUGCAGAAGACCUACGCCGAGGACACCUACCGAUUGGCCCGGAUCCUCGUCCGCCUGCCUGCGCUCAGGCUGAUGAGCUCCAGCAUAACGGAGGAACUCUUUUUCACUGGUCUCAUUGGCAAUGUUUCAAUAGACAGCAUAAUCCCCUACAUCCUCAAGAUGGAGACAGCGGAGUACAACGGCCAGAUCACCGGAGCCAGCCUAUAGUACCCACGCGCGCCCGCCACCGCCCGUGGGACCCGCCAGGACCGCUCGGACCAAGGGGAGCAAAAGUAGUGGUGUUUGGUAUGUGCAAAGGGUGGCCGGGUCCCACCCGGUUCCUCCUGUUGACCCCAGACAGCGGGAUCCUCUCCCGCCGUGAGAAGCGUUUUCAUGCCUUUUGAUGAAGAUUUUGGAAAAAUCUUAACUCCAUUUGUAUUUAGCAAUUCUCAAAGGGCAAAAAACCAUAAAAAGGAAGUUUUAUAAUGUCAGAGACUAGUAUUAAAGCAACUAAAAGAACCUAAGAGAACAGUAUGUGUGUAAAUAUAUUAAAAAUGUCCUUGGAAUUAAUAGCUACUAAUUGCCAGGGUGACAAUAGCACUUUCUAAGCACUUGUUAUCAAACUUUGUAACGUUAGCGACACCUGCCUGUGGGCGGGGCCACGGGAACGCGGGCACCUUUGGCUGGAGCGCUGGGGACUGACACCGCGGGUUCUGGAGACAAUCAAUUGUUUAGAGCGUCGUCUUUCCUCGGUCUGUUCACGUGGCUCCUGUGAACGGAAACGUGGCGACCGGGCUGACCGUCGGGUCCCCUGACCGCGGUCCUGGUCUGUGGCGGGCGUCUGCGGACUCUCCAUCACCUGCGCCUGCUUCUGAGGAUUAGGUUGGAGCGGGUCAGACCGAAAGGCGACAGGAGACCUGUCACACCUCCAGCAUCGGCAGACGUCCUCAGGUCACCUCACGCUCGUGGCAGCUGCAGCCUCUGACCCAGCAGGGCAGGGUGGGCACCCUCAACCCUGGACUCCCCUUCCUGAGUGGGGGGGGGGCUGCGUGGAGAGGGACGGUGCAGCUUCUGGAGCGUGAGGACCCCUGCCCAGGGGUUUCCACCUGACAUCCCGGGAGCAGGUCAGGGCCGGUGGCACAGGAGCCCAGCAGCUCGUCCUCUGCAGGUCAUGAACAUCAGGGGUGGCCUCUCACUGUCCCAGCGCGUGGUGCCCCAGCAGAAAGCAACCCUCAUCCCCAAGGGACAGUCUUCCUCAGAAGUUAGUGACCCUAGUUGACACCAAAAACCGAGCUCGGUUACCAGGCGUACCGUCACCUCCAUGAGCGCAGUUUGCAUCUGUUGACCAGGUGGCCCAUCCCUACCUUUGUCCCCAGGGCACUGGGUGUGGGCUCCAGGCAGAGGGGCUGUGUCCUCCUGCAGUGGGCAGUGCUCCGGGCUGUGGCAGCAGGAUCUGGGGGACACACCCCCCUCAGUCUCCGUCACUAGGGCUGUUACUCCUCCUGGGCAGCAGAGGCUGGAGAGUGGCAGUGGUGGCCGAUGGACUUGAGUGUUUAGGAAGGUGAGACAGAGGCUCCCCGAGAGCAGAGCUGGCCUGGUGGGUCUGGCGGCUCCUGUGUCCCUCACAGCUGCCACUUCCGUGUUCUUGCAUGUCCGAGGGCCGCAUGAUGGCCCUGGGUGCCCCAUGUGCCUGCAGAGGUGCCGGCCUGAGCUGCCCAGGGCUGAUCCCGGAGGACGCUCUUGGGCUUGGAAGUCCCUCGUGUGGCCUGAGCCUCAGGUUACUUAAGGAAACUCACCAUUUAGGGUGCAGCCGUCAUGGGCCGUCAGCAUUGGGGAGCUUGUGGUCCAGGUGUGACGACGUGAGGCCAGGUCCCGAGACGCUCUGCAUGCAGCCUGGGUGAGGACACCAGCCCAGGGGGGAGGACGACCCCCACGGUCACUUCUUGGUUAAGCGGCCUUCUUCCUAGGAGUAGCUCAAGUGACGCUGACUCAGGUGUUGGAGUCACCUGUGCAUACACCAGACCCAGACGCUCAGCCCAGUGUCACUGGUCCCCUUCCUCCUGGAAGGUGAGGUGCUGCCCAGCCUCUGCCCUCGGGCUAAGGUUUUGGGGUCCUUAAAUGGGUUUUUCUAUUGAAUCUGGGGUGUGGUGGCCGUGCACCCUUCUAUUCUGGCUUGUGGGCAGGACUGGGCACACCCCUCCCCACAGCCACUUGGGCAGCUGGCCACUAUGGGAGCCAGGAGCUGGAGCCUCACCCUGUCCUCCGGGGACGCCUCCCUGCAGAGCAGUCCUGGGUGGCAGUUGGCAUCCGUGUCUGGAAGCCUCUGGCUGGCGGCGUUCAGGGUCCCCUAAGCCUGUUAAGUGUCCUGUGAGACCCGAUUUUUCGCCAGGUGCCCUUUGGUCCUGGGAACACCUCAGCCAGUAAGCACAUGCCCCCAUGUCCCCUGCCCAGCCACCGAUCUCUAGGUCAGUCACGCAGCUCUGAAAAUUGUCUUAACUUUGUAGAUUUUGAAAGCCAAGACCCCAGCGCGACAGGGUGGCUCUUGGUCUUCUGCACACUAGGUUCCAGGCCACCCCCUCCUCCUGUGUCCCGCAGUGUGUACUGGGCGUGUCCAGCCCCAGGGCUCCGCAGCAGCCUGGGUGACAUACAUGUGUCCAUACCCCGAGUACAGAGCUGUAUGUGUGUGACACACGCCCGCCCCUGCCCUGGACAGUUCUGUGACAGUUGCUCGAGGCCCCUGGUUUGGGGGGGGCUGGUUUUCCUACCUGCAUCUUCCCGUGGGGAGGCCUUUCUCUCCAGGCAGGAAAGGAGGGGACAGGAGGACUCUUCUCUGUUCACACGAGGGCUGCUGUGUCCACAGCUACGUGGCCAUUUCUCAACUCAGUCACACGGCAGCUGGCAGCCCAGCUGGAAGGAGUUUCCCAGGUCCCGCGCUCCACGUGGCCAGAGUCAGGCCCCGGCCAGGGUGCGGACCGUCCUUGUCAGUGGGGCCUAGAGCGAGGCCAGGGCACAGCCGGGGGGUCUUUGGAGGCUGGCCUUGGUGCAGUUCCCUGCCCCCUGGGGGCCUGGCGGGUCCCCAGGCUAAACUCCUUUCUGAAAAAUUCAAAUCAUAAUUUUCAGAAACGAACUGGUGUUUGUCCUUAAAGCCACAGACACCAAGUUUCUGUCACCAGGUCUAACCUGAUGACUCCCCAUAAUCGGGCUCUGAGCGAAGACCUGGCCCUGGAGCCAGGCCCAGCCUGGUGGUCACUGCUGGAUGACGGGACCCUCCCAGGCCCCAGGCUGCUCUUCUUCUCGGUGCAGCAUCAGCAUGUUCGAGGACACGGGGACAGUGCUCAGUGCCUUUGAGAGACGCGGGCCCUCAGCGCUCGGUGGCCCUACUUUGACGUAAAACGAAGGUGGCGCUGCUGUGGCCCUCACCUGCUGUGACAAUCACGUUUGAAAGUGGCUUUCUAGCUGAAAAACGUGGAAGCCUGACAGUCCCUGUCACCUGUCUGGCCGGCACAACAGCAGCCGAGUGACCCAACCACUUGACGGGGCAUUAAAGGGUGAAGGUUGGGGUGGCGGUUGGGGUCAGCAGGCUCUCCCUUAAGAGUGGCUUUUCCUCGGGAGCAGACUCAGUUGUGCGAGUGGCAGACUUGCUGUCCUCCGUCUCACCUGUCCCCCGGGGGCCAGCGCUGGCCUGGUCUUCUGACUGCGAAGCUGCACGUGUCCCCACACACCAGCUGUGGGUUCCCGGUAGUUGGGACUUCUGUUAAAAUGUAGCCGCGUCCCAGCCCUUAAAAAGGCACCCCCCAGAGGACAGUGCGGGCGUGAGGUUUCCUGGGACCGUCCCUGUCACCCUGCCCUUCUCUCCUUGACGCCGUGACGUUUGGACUCCGGGUUGAGACCCUGUGGAGGCUGCAGCUGUGCACAGCUCCCGUCCCCUGUGAAGCGAGCGUUGUUCUGUGAUGGCAUUUCAAUGGCAUGUCCUUUUUAACCCGAUUUUGUAUCUAACGCUGUCCCGCCCGCAGCCCUGCGCUGUGUCCGUGGCGCUGCCGUGCAUGCGCAGCUGUGUGCGUGACCCAUGCUGUCUGAUGUGGCCUCGCUGUGGCCCACCCUGCUGCCUACAGGAGGGCAGACCAUUAAAAGUGAAUUAAAGCCUC